CAGGCAUAGGCAUUUUAACAAAAUUUUGUUUACCUUCACACACUAAUUUUCAGUAGUCUCAUCCUACUACCGUGUAGAGAACAAACUCAUUGCACUCUGUAACACGUAGUACGAAAAUCAGGAAAAUUUAGAACUCUAAAGUAUUCAACAAUGCACAGAAAAAUAAAUCUAGAAGUAGUACUAAGCUAACUUAUUAAUUUCAGAAUCAUUUACUCGUUAAUGUACACAAACCAUGGCAUUUUUAUUCAACAGAUGGACUAAAGUACCCCAAAUCAUCUAGAACAAUUGAAAACGCUUUUGUUUUAGUUAAUAAAAAUAACAACAUAGAGAAAUGCAGUACAUGUUUACUAAUUAAAUACCAUUACAAUUGUAAGCUUAGUUUAAGACUCAUCCGAAGCAACUUUUAGUCAACUUGAUAAUGAAAAUUUUCAAGACAUAAGUAAUGAUGAGAAAAUGUGUUUCCUGGGUUUGGAUUGAACGUACUACCUCCUGUUUACCAGAUAGUUGCUUUACCAAUGGAGCUGCCUAGAGGUCCUGCUUUCAACCGGAAAAAUGUUACUCUACGACGGCUAAUAAAAAGUUUUCGCAAAUGCGGUUUAAAAGCUAAAAUCAGUACGAUAAUAAUAUAUCAUUCAUAAUGCUGACAAUAAAAUGGUCAAGUAAGUCCAGUUAGCGCCAACAGUAUUUGUUGAAAACCAUUGUACGACGUAAGAAGACCAGUGUGUUGUCGUAAUUUUAAAUAUUAUCAUGGGUAUUGGAAAACUAUUCUCUUUCAUUCUAGUUAUUAUCAUUAUUGUCUACAGUGCACAAGAUUCUAUAGAAUCAAUUAAUAAUGUUGAUUCUGGAAUUUCUUCAUCAACUUCAUCACUUUCAUUUUUGUCAUCAAUUACUCAUGAUGUAUCUAAUGAUAGAUCAAAACUAGCUGCCGCAAGCAAUUAUGAUCAUUCGAUUCCUAAACCAGACUCAUCUAAUAAUAAUUAUCAGAGAUGUGAAGAAAUAACAAUUCCAAUGUGCCGUGGUAUAGGCUAUAAUUUUACUGCAAUGCCUAAUGAGUUGAAUCAUGACACUCAAGAAGAAGCAGGACUUGAAGUUCAUCAAUUUUGGCCUCUUGUAGAGAUAAAAUGUUCUUCUGACUUAAAAUUUUUUUUAUGUUCUAUGUACACUCCGAUCUGUCUACCAGAAUACACCAAGCCUCUUCCAGCUUGUAAAAGUGUUUGUGAGCGUGCUCGAACGGGAUGUGCACCUCUUAUGCAACAGUAUGGUUUUUCUUGGCCAGAGCGGAUGGCUUGUGAACGAUUACCUAGUCAAGGAGAUUCUGAUAAUCUGUGUAUGGAACAAGACAACAAAACUUUACUCUCAACUGACGUUAUAGCACAAAGCAUACCUCCAGUACUUCUUUCGAAACCGACGAAGUCAUCUAAAACCAUUCAAUCAGUCAAAUGUAAACCUGGAAAAAAUCAGAAGAAUUGUUUGUAUUCCAAUAACAACAAAGAGAAAGACUGCACUUGCCGAUGUCGACCACCGCUUAUUUCUUUAGUUCCCUCGAAUUCUCUAAAAGAAAGUAGUGGAAUUCUUAAUUUUGAUCCUUUAGUUAUUUCUGACAUCACAGGUUUCUUAGUUACUCAAAAAUUAGACAUCAUUGGAGUAACAGAUUGUGUUUUACCUUGUCAAGGGGCAUUCUUAACAAGUGAAGAAAAAAGUUUUGCUACGGUAUGGUUAACUUUAUGGAGCGGAUUAUGUGCAGCAAGUACACUAGCUACAGUUACAACUUUUCUCAUUGAUACACAACGAUUUAAAUAUCCCGAAAGACCUAUCGUAUUUCUUUCGGCAUGUUACUUUUUAGUAUCAUUAGGAUACUUAUCAAGAAGUGUUGUUGGGCACAAAGAAAUAGCAUGUGACGGUAACAUGUUAAGAUAUGGAACAAAUGGCCCUGGAAUAUGCAUCACAGUAUUCUUAUUAAUUUAUUUUUUUGGAAUGGCUUCGUCUGUUUGGUGGGUUAUUUUGGCUUUUACAUGGUUUCUUGCAGCUGGAUUGAAAUGGGGAAACGAAGCAAUUGCAUCAUACUCACAGUAUUUUCAUCUUGCUGCAUGGAUGGCUCCAACAGGGCAGACAGUGUGGGCUCUUUUAUCUGGUGGUAUAGCAGGUGAUCCCAUUGCAGGAGUGUGCACUGUAGCAUCAGAAGGCAUCCCCAUAUUUAUACUGGCACCAUUAUUAGUGUACCUCUUACUCGGUACAACAUUUUUACUUGCUGGAUUUGUAAGUCUAUUUAGAAUUCGAUCGGUAAUUAAACGUCAACCCGGAGCCAAAGCUGAUAAGUUAGAAAAAUUAAUGAUUAGAAUUGGGAUAUUUUCAGUUUUAUAUACAGUUCCAGCUAGUGCAGUUCUUGCAUGCUAUCUUUAUGAAACAACAUCUAGGGGUGAAUGGCUUAAUUCAUUAGCUUGCCCUUGCAAAACUCGUGUUAGGCCCUUGUAUUCUGUCAUAAUGUUAAAAUAUUUUAUGGCACUAGCAGUUGGCAUUACAUCUGGUGUAUGGAUAUGGAGUGGAAAAACGAUUGAUUCUUGGCGUAAAUUGUGGAGACGUCUGUGCAGUAAAAAUUCAGAUUUUUCAAAUAAUUUUACCGGACCCACUGGUACUAGAGUUACCAGUCAUAUAGUUGGUAGUAAAGGACUUGUUGAACGAACGGUUACUUCUCAAUAUUUAACACCAUCAGGUCCAAGUAGUACUUUAUUGCAACAAAGUAGUAUUACGAAUACUUCGCAACAUCACAUUCAUCAUCACGUUCUUAGACAACCUCCUAUUUCUCACGUAUGACGGCAGCAGUUGGCAGAAGGUGAUUCGAAUAACACAGGUUGUCAACAUACGGAAAGACCUUCUGCCUUAAGUAAUUAUGGGCCACUCUAAAUAACGAUAUUUUAAGAAAUAGUUGUAAUAUGUUCAUAUAACCUUUUUUAAAACAACAUUGUAUUUCUUUAUUCUUUACGAUUUAUUGAUGUGUAAAAAUCAUGAUAUAGAUAAUGUAAAACUUUACGUGAUUAGUGAUAGCAAUAUUCCCUAUUGGCUUGAAAUCCAUAAAAUGUAUAAUAAAGCCCUUUUUAAAAGACACACACACACAUACACACGUGCACGCACACACGCACACACAC